AUGCCCCAUCUGACCCGCCUUGCCCCAUCCCUUCUCAAAAUCCUCGCCCUCUCCUCGUUCACCGGCCUCUCCACAUCCCUCGCACUCCUGUCUGAUCUAACGUCGCUACUCGCUCUUCACCUAACGCUGAGCUGGAAGGUGAUGCAGUGGGUGUGCGGGUGGCAGGCGUCUUCGUUGUAUGGUCUUUGGAACUUGUUCCGCGGUAAGAGAUGGAAUGUUCUCCGACUGCGGACAGAUUCAUAUGAAUACGACAUCGACCAGCUCUUCCUCGGCACACUCCUCUUCACCGUCUCGGCCUUUCUCUUUCCCACCGUCCUCAGUUACACCGCAUUGUUCUUCCUCAUGAGAGUAGCAUGUUUAGGGGUGGAUGGUGUGCUGAGAGGGGGUCAGAAGUUGUUACUUCGAGCGCCGUUGUUCGAGAUGAUGCUCAGGCUCAAGGAUCCUGCUCGAUUGCCUGGCGGCAUCAAACUGGAGAAAGCGGCGCCCAAGGGUGGUGCUCGCGCUGAGGGUCAAGACCGGGCUGGGGUGGCAAUAGAGGAGGUGUUUGUCCUGACUAGCACACCAAAGUCUUUCUGGGACAUUGCAGGGCAAGCUAUCGGAUGGUGA